UGAGGGUGGGGAAGCUUUCCUUCCAGAGGCCAUUCUCAUUCUUGGCAGCAUGCAGUAGGCACUAGUAACACCCUCUGGUUAAGUAAAAGGCGUUUUGUGUAUGCCUCAUUAAGCAAAAUAAUCAGUUUCUCAGAGAAUGCUCGUGUGCCUUAUUUUUCUCCUUUUAAUAAAGGCAAAAAUAAAUUAGGGGGAUAAAAAAUAAUUAAGGGCAAUCUGCUAGCUCUCCAUUUUUCUCCCCCUUGGUAAUUCUUUCAUUCUUUCCAUAUCUCACUGUCGGAUGACUUUCUCUCUCGACCCGAGCCUCCUGCUGUAACAUGAAAGCGAGCAUAUCUUGUGACCCCUGCCCCCCCAUCUUUAAUACUGAGAGAUCCUCACAGGUGCCUUGAGAUGGAAAAUGGCCUGCAUCUGUGGGCUAGAGGUGCUGUUUCCAAAAGCUGUCUUUGUGCUUAUUUUUGCUGCAGGUUUGUUUGUAUCCUAGCCGAAUAUUCAUGAGAUAAAGAAUGCUAUUUUCCCCCUCCUUUGAGGAUGCCAAAUCCAGGUGAGGAGUAAUGAUCUUGGUGAAUCUGAGCACUUGUCAAUUUGAAAAUGUUAGGGAAAACAAAUGAAAGAGGCUGGAAUUGUUUAUAUGCUAUCAUUCACUGAUUGAAAGCUGCAAACAUUUCUGCCUUCCUAUACUUCUGAAGUUACGGAUUGGAACCGAAUAAUAGACAACCUUCCAACAUGAAACAUUAUCAAGCUUGAGGGUUUUUUUUUUAUUGGGAUUUUUGAUAUUUCAUUGUUCUCUAGUUUGCCUUGGUCUUUGAUCACUUAUUCCUCUGACAAAAUUUUGGUCAUGUUGUUGCUUUCCUUUUUCCCCUAAGUGUAUAUGGUGCGAUGGGAAUUAUUUCUCUCCUUUUUUCCUUUCUCUUACUAAUUUUGUUGGUUACCCGAAAAAAAAAAAAAAAAAGUAUUGGUCUAGACCUUAGAUAAAUAUACCAGCCUGUUGUAAAUAUGCUUUUGUUUUCCCUUCAAAUGUUUUCAGAUUUCUUUUUGUGUUUAUUCAUAGUGAAGAAUGCUAAUUGUCAGUGAAAAUGUAAUAAAACCUGUUAAUCUAAAAUAUUGGACUGAAGUUGAUCUUUGCUUGGUAAACCUUUAUCAGUGCUUUGAAUUAACAGUCGUAUGAUACUGUGGUAGAUAAAGUGGUGGUGGGUAUUUAAAAAUCCUAGAGUGUGAACUGUUUUCAAGUGUCCUCAAGUACUUGAAGUCUCCAUUUCCAUAGUAGUGCUUGAUAUGAUAAUUACAUACGACUCUCCCGUGUUCAUUAAAAUAUGAGCUGGAGGCUCUGCAGACAAUUUGUUAGCUUCCCAUAGGUUUGAGAGUAAUAAAAUUGCUUUGCUUUAAAGCAUCUGUAAUUCAAGACUUUCACUAAUUCAAAUAAGCUUUCCCUCCACUUUUUUUCCCAAGUAGGUAAUGAGAGGAAUUACUUUUAAAAAUACCUCUGAGAAAAUGAGGGUGGUCUCGCCAUGCUGGGGAGGAGAAGUUAUGGAUUAUCUUGGAAGUGAGUAAAAUUUCAAGCCAUCAAGAAGAAAUACGGUUGUCUCUCCAAUGUUCCAACAGGAGCCAUUCCAACAUCACUUCAAAGUAAGCUCAAUGAAAACUGGUCUUUUCCUAUAUUUGGUUCACUGCUGGAACCCAGCAUAUAUGGAAGAACCUCAUCAAUGACAAAUACUCAGUGGAUUUUCCUUAAAUUACUGAGACUGUGGAAGGCUGGUUGUGUUGGAGGUACUCUGCAAGGCAUUGGAAAUAUUGGGGAAAGUAAAUCCAGGGUCCACAACCUCAUCAUCUACCAGGAGCUGUGGCAUCCGAGUGCGGCUGCCAAGAGGAAUCCAGGAAAGCCAAAGAGCCCAAGCAUGUCAGACCUUCCUGUAGCCACACACAACACGCCUCAAACCCCGAGGAAGCGAGUGAGAAUCACCGGGAAGGAGACGGCCAACCAGCUCCAGGGCUGCAUCGCUGUGGGCACGCCAAGCUUUUCCUGGUUACCUGAGCUGCUGUUGCUGUCUCCCGGCUUCGGCUUCUCCAUGGCGCACGGGAACCCGGCAUCGUCGGUCUACGCAGCGCAGAAGAAGGACCUGCUGGCGGAGCUCUGGCCGGGGUCCCCUCGCAGUCAGGCGAGGGGACUCAGAGGACAGGGUGAUGCGGGAGAAGACCUGGGGUGGGAUGGAUAGAAAGAAUGCCAAGGAUCGGGGCAGGAGAAGUUAGGAAUUCGAUCCGUCCAAUGCCCACUGGUCUUCCCCAGGGCGCACCCAGCUCGGGCUGCUCCCGGGGAUUAGUCUGGGAGGAAAGACCCAUGGCGAGAUGUGGUGGCAUUUUACUUGAGAGUGGAGCUGAAGAUGGAUAAACCUGGUCUCUGAUGUGUCUGCCUGCCUGCCUGCCGACGAGGCAGAGUUGGAGAAAGGCAGAGCGAGGGAGUGCCUGAGAAGAAAGAGGAGAGGCGGAAUGCUGUUCGAUUGUCUGCCGCUGGCCCUGCAUUCUCAUUCUAGGGAGGAAGGCAUAAUUUAUAACCCAGUCCAUGGGUGGAAGAACUGUAAAUUGUAGUCUGGAUGUCCCCGGUGCUGUCAAGGAAGAAACUGAUGGGCUAGGUGACUGUACCAGUGUCCCCAGGGAGAAGAUCAGCCUUACAGCAUGGAUUUAAAUGCAUGUGCAUGCAUGUAGAGACAUGAAAAGAGGGCGAUUUCUGACCAGUUUACACAGGAAGUCUGUCACUUGGCUGGAUCGGGCUUGAUUGCAGCUUGUAUUUUCAGCUUCAGCUCAACACCCAUUUCCUGACUAGCUAGAGAGCAUGGCCAGAGCAGCUGCAUGCAGAAUUUUCUUGUUAAUGUGAAAGCAACGCUCCUCAGCUUUAACUCCUUGAAGCUCUGAAUGCUCUGUGCUUCGCUCGGACUGACUGUAGGGUUUUGUUUGCUUCUUCUUCGACAGAUCCCCUGUAAACACAGCUGUAUUCAGUAUGAUGAAAAAUUCUAUCCAGUAAAUAGAAAUCUGAUCAAUUUAAUCAAAAUAAAUGUAUCCCAGAUGACUUUGAGACCAGCUGGCUACCACAGGCUUCAGAUGCUAAGCGUACAAUGGAGAUGAAUGCAAUCUUACAUUUACGUGUUUCUGAAUUCCCGGAUCAGCCUAUAAUUAAAAAGAAAUCCUUUUGUAGGGAAGAGGUGGUCCUACCAGCUCACAAGGUAGAUGGUUAGAUUCAGGUAUGGAUGCUGUUCAUGAGAUUUGGGAUCAUGAUGUCGCAUUUCGAGGGUGUGUGCCAUGUGGCAGAGCAGAGUCAUGCUCCACAUAGAGAAAGCCUGCAUCUACCUUCCCAUCUGGAGACGCGGGUGCCCUGGGAACAGCCUCUGGUGAGGUUGCGGGAGGCACCUGAGGCUUGUUUUAGGUUCUGAUGCAUGGUCUCUGGUGCUCCAAGCCCAGCUCAAAACUGGGGGUGAGGUGCUUUCCCAGUUGUCAUGGGGAGCUCUUCUGGGACGCCUGUCUGGCCCUUCCACUGUUUGUUACUAUUUCUACAAAGGCGGCUCUGUGUGUUGGAUUAUGUUUGGCCAGCUGUUGGCGCAUUCCUGCGGGUGGGGCUGGGUGGGGACCUGAUUACUGUACUUGGAAACUGUAGAUCUCUGUGCGGUGGAGAGCAGGGAGGGAGUGCAAAGAAAGCAGGUUGGAGAAGCUGAUCUCUCUUAGAGAUUUGCUCCAGGUAGUCCUACAGCACGUGCAGAAAGGCUUCCAGUGGAGAGGAGGAAAGAGGGGAUGAUGGGGGGCAGGGAGCAAUGAGGGAAGGAGAAUGCAACUGAGCAAGCCCAUCAGAGAGAAAAACAGACUUUAGGACUUCAAAGCUGCAUAGACAAGCAGAAUGUCAGCAGCUUGUAAUUAGUGGUUCAUGGUUGCGUCAGCGCCUGCACCUCUCCAAGAAUAACUGUGUGAUGUGUGCCACAGAGUGAAGAAGACAGUCAUAACUGAGUUAUCAAACCCAGUUCAAACCAGGGCAAAUGGAGUCAGGAAUUUUUCUGUGUUUGUAAAUCAAAUCCUCAUGGAUUACACGUCUAAGACUUGCUGGGUUCUGCAUAAUUGAAGGCUGGAUUAUCCAUUUGUGGGUGAGGUGGGGGGAUAUUGUAUGUUCAUUAAACGAAACUGUGAACCCUUAAAAA